AUGGCGGAGACGUUAACCUCAGGCAGUGACACACCGGGGAUCGACCCCUGGACCUUUGAGCCACAGAACCAUGCACUCUCCAUCUGUGCUACGUCCUGGGGACUUCUUAAGACUAGAUUGCGGGUGUUCUUCGCGAGCACGGACGAUUCGGCGGCCGACGACGUCGAGUCAGAGAUGGAAGAGGACGACCAAGUCAAUGGAAAUCGUCCGCCGCCGUUCUUGGAGACCCAGCUACGACUGGUGAAGGAAGAGAACAAAGAGCUGAGAGAGGCGUUGAGACACCGCACCAUCAUGAACGACUACCUCCGAAGGCGAAUCGCUUACGACGAACGUCUCCAAAGCAAUCGAGGCGGAGUUGUUGCGCCGUCCAAUCGUGAUUCCAAUGACAGGGAGCCAGAAGGAACCGCGACGAAAAAAGUUCGCGUCUCUGUUCGACUCAAAACUGAAGAAAACAAGAAUCAGGAUGGUUGCCAGUGGAGGAAGUAUGGGCAGAAGAAGGCUAAAGGAAAUCCGGCCCCCCGUGCUUAUUACCGUUGCACGAUGGCCGAUCAAUGUCCCGUUCGAAAGAAGCUGCAAAGGUGCGCGGAGGAUAAGUCGGUAUUGGUGGUCACGUACGAAGGGACUCACAGCCACCCACUGCCGCCGCCGGCUUUAAUGAUGGCAAACGCCACCUCCGCUGCGGCGAGGAUGAUGUUGUCGAAUUCCGUGCAAAGUGGCAGCGUGUUGAUGAACCCGGCGAUCCCCUUCGCCUCCGGCGGCACCGUCAGCAUCUCCGCCUCUGCCCCGGUUCCCACCGUGACACUGGACCUCACGCAAGCUCAAAACAGCGCCUUGGCUUCCCAGCUCCAGGUGCCAUCGUCCGCCAUGGUUGGUGGCGAUGUUGCCCAAUUGGCGGCGGGGCAACCAACUGCUGACGGCCUGACGCCCUCUGCGUUCGACGCGGUGGUCAGGAACAUUAUGGCGGACUCAAACUUCAGGACUGCGCUCAAGGCGGCCAUCAAUGCCGCCAUCAACGACGGCGCAGGCCCCAGUAAUCACUGAUCCGCAAACGGCAAGCUAAUUAAUACUAGUAGCAGUGGCAAUUCGACGAGCUCGGAAUGACUUUUAGAAAAUCUUGCACCUGGGUUGAUUUUUUUUUAAUAAUCCAAAAAUUUAGUUUUCCUAAUGGAGUAAUUAGGGUGGCUGGCCCGGCCCUGUAGAUUUUGAUUCUUAUCAAUUGAA